UUUGACGCUCGUGACAACGCGACGAGGGAAGCCAUCCUGCGUGGAGUUCCGGAAGGUGAUGCAGAGAUGAUUUGUCAUGAGAAGUCAGCAAGGGAGAUGUGGAUAAGGUUCGAGAAUAAACAGACGAAACGUGAGUUCGCCAACUACAUCUUUGCGCGUGAGCAGCUUUACUCGAACAAGUACACUCGUGAUAUGGAUAUGAGUGGCUGGUUGAGAGAGAUGCAACUACAGCGGCGAGAUCUGUCUCACUAUGGCAAGGUCAUUAGUGAUGAGGAGUUUGCUGAAAUCCUGCUCGCCAAUGUGACCCGUACGCACCGCGAAGUAGUUCGCCAGUUCUCUCGCCACUAUGCUGCACUUGCUUUGCCUGGAGCACAGCAGAUGACACCUACUGCUGCGCAAGUGAUGAACGCCUUACUUGCUGAGGAGGACCUCGACGAGAAAGUGGGGGAGGAAAUGCCUCGCAGCAUUGGUUCGGCCAAGAAGGCCGCCAAUAAUCAAGGCAAGCAGAGCAAUGGCAAUUCUGGCACUGUCAAUGCUGGAAAAGGCAAGAAGCAGCGAGGUCGGGGGAGAUACAAAGCAAAGGGCAAGGACGCCCCUGGCAAAUCCCGUAGUGGUAAGAAGAAUGACGGCUGCUGGAAUUGUGGCGAGCUG